UGGUUUAGCUGGAAGGCAGGCGAAUAGCAAGCAACUUGGCAAAGGCGAAUAGAGUAAAAAACGUCACUUUAGUUUGUCUUGUCUAUAACUAAAAAAUUUCUCUUUGUUUGUCAAUCCAAGCGAGCUUCUGAUUAUCGUGAUUAUAAGAAUUUCUUCCUAUAAAUGGUGGUUUUUAAAUCUAUCUGGUGAUAUUAUAGAUAAUUUGUUUGAUUGAAAUCUGUGACGAUGUCUGCUAUGGAUUUUGAUUUGUAAUAUAUCAAAAGUGUUACAUCAAUUUUGUGGAACAACAAGUGAAGUGAAGUGACGCGCUCACCUUGCAGAAGCCAAAAACAAGCUAUAAAUAAUUUGCUACACAGUAUAGCGAUUUGAAAAUCAAACUUUUUCCUUUAUUUGUGAUGUACCCGCAUUCCAUCAGCGCGGAAGAACAGAAGACGAAUCUUAUUCCGAGUGUGAAACUUUUACACUCUAAAAGAAAAGGAAUAUUCAUACACCCCUCUGCUAUGUACAGAAGUAGUGCACGGUGCUGCAUGACAACAAUACCGUUGAUAUCGAGAAGUUUGUGUGGUUAAGAGUCGUCAAAUCGUUAGACAGGAUGAAACUCUUGGAGAGUGGACACUUGGAGGCUCUAAGCAGGGCGCUGUCGAUCCUGAAUGGCGACAGUGCUGUGCAAGGCCGUGUAGAAAGCUACAGCUGUAAGAUGGCAGGUGCUGAGAAAGCUUUCUACAAGAAGUUCACAGCAGAUGGGGAGACUACUCAUGAUCUCCAGGCUCUUUCACCACCAGAGGGUAUCUCAUAUAGUCGAAGCCUAUCUGGUGAUGAAGAUGGAGUUCUAUGUGACACAAUAUCUCGGAAAACAUUGUUCUAUCUUAUUGCUACACUGAAUGCUGCCUUUCCAGAUUAUGAUUUUUCAAUGGCAAAGAGUAGUGAAUUUAGUGCUGAACCGUCUCUGAGUUGGGUGCAAGGUGCUGUUGAUGCUGCUCUGUCUGCAGUGGGAGGAAUGCGCUGGCGGCAGCUGCGGCCUGCUCUGUGGUCUGCUGUAGACAAGGAAGUGGUUCUAUCUGACUGCCGCAUUUACAGCUACAACCCAGAUUUAGCAAGUGAUCCUUUUGGAGAACCAGGCUGCUUAUGGGCUUUCAACUAUUUCUUUUACAAUAGAAAGCUCAAGCGCAUUGUGUUCUUCACCUGCAGGGCCAUGAGCCCAGUGUGUGCAGUCGACUCAGGAGUUGACUUCGCUAUGGAUGAAGAUGAAUAUAACUGAACAAACUAUAAUUCUUAAAAUCCGACUGUUACAUUUUGGUUGGAGAGGUAAAUUCUUAUUGAGAUAAUUUAUCUCCUGUAACAUUACAAAGCAUUAAUUUAAUUUUUUUAUUAUUUCUAAAGGUAUAAUCUAGGCUUCUAAAAUAAUAUAUAUAUUGUAUUUGUUUACACUUAUUAUCAUUAUUUUUUCUCAGUCUUAGAAUAUUUUACAAAGGUUGUUGGUACAAAGCUUAAAAUAAAUAGAAGCUGCUUUACAUCAAACAGUCAGUCAUGAAUUCGCGCAUGCUUAUUUGAUUUUAUUUCUAUAUAUUAAUGAAUUAGUAAAUAGAAUCCACAGUUAUAUGUUUAUGUGGGUCUAUAAUGUACAUCUCCUACAUGUAGUGAUAGUAUUUUACUUACAUAGUAACUACUUCUUUUAAUAAGUAUAUAUUAAGGAAAAGUUUUGGUAUCUUUUUGAAUUAAUUCUCAUAUAUUUUUCCUGCGUAUUUUAAAAUAUUUUUGCUUAAUUUCUUUGCACAUUUUUUUAUCGUAAAUAUGUAUGUAUGGGUGAGUGUUCUAUAGCCCUGUUGCACACAAACUAAUGAAAUCAAUAAUGCUGUAUGAUUAUAGCAGUUAAGACAGGUUAAGGUUUAUGCAGACUUGUUAUGUUCUAUGUUCAAGUACAAAAUAAAUUGUGUAUGAUAUAGAUCAAUAUAAUGUCUAUUUGCAUAAUUAAUGGCUAAGUAAAUAUUUUUUCAGUAAGUAUCAGUUCAUUGUCUAAUAGUGAUAGAAAUAGUGUAGUCACUCUUCUAACUUCGAAAGUGGUAGUCAUAAUGCACCUUACUAAAUCAUUACCUAUUUGAUAAACAAUUUUGUAUUAUUAUGAGAUCAUGAAGUAACAAUAGUUGGAUUUUUUAAAUUUGUUAAAAUUCGUUACUAAAUCCUUGUUUUAAACUAGCUUUUUUAAUACUGAACUAAAUAUGUAGAUUCUAGUGAAUAUUACUUUGUUAUGCAUUGACAAUACCCAAAAUAAUAAUACAGUGUACCUCAUUGCAAAAAUAUUGAUCUCAUUUAAGCCAAUAUUUAUUUUGCACCAUAAAAGAGAUCUUGAUUUUAUAUACUAAUUAUAAUUAUUCCGUGAUUUCGCUCCUGUGCGGAUUUCAGAAUUUCUUAUACAGCCUCAUGAAUGUGGCUUCUACACAUAACAAUCUUUUUUUUACAAACUAGUGAUUACAAACUCUAGGUACGCUUUAUUAUGUUAUUCUAUGACAUGGACGACGACGUUUCUGUUUAUCUCGGUCGGGACGAAAGCAGAUGACUUGUAUUAUAAACAUGAAGAAACUUUUUUAUGUUUUAAGGUGAUAAAAUAUGCAGUAAGUCACUUUGUAUUAGUUUAUUUAGUCCGCCUAUAGUUAAAGGCGUCACCUUAACAUUAUAUUGUUGGUAGAAUAAAGUCAAAUUUUUGCGUC